AUAAAUUGACUGUUUACUGUGCACUGCUAUUGUAGCGGUAUUCAAAUUGUUUUUUCAUUGAUCACCCUGAAUCUUUGGAAUAUGGAAGACUUUCAGUCGGAAACAUUCAAUUCAUUCAAUCGAGGAAUUGGAAAAGAUAUCAAAGAUUCUACCAAUUGUACAAAUGGGAAAAAUUUUAGCUUGUAUGUGGUUGGCGUCCCUCCUGAUUUCACCCAGAAAGGAUUGCAUAAUCUUUUUGGUCAGUGUGGUGAAAUAUUGAAAUUGAAUAUUCUGCCCCCAAAGCAGAUUGGUUGGCCAAAAGUUAGUUUUGUUGAGUUUGGUAAAAUGACUGAAGUACUGAAAGCUUUGGAAAUGUACAAAGAAUUCCCUAUUGGUAAUUAUACUAUAAAAACAAGCAUUGCCAAAAAAAAAGACGAAAGACCAGCCAAGUUAACAAAUGAUUCACUGAAAGAUGUUGAUCUAGGAGAAUGUGUGGAGAAGAGUAUUCAGCUGAGCCGCGAUCGGGCAGAAAAACGUUUUGAAAAAAUGAGAGAACAAAAAAAGCAACAACGAAAAGAGGAAGAAAAAUCAAAGCAACCAUGCGCCGUCUGUUCAAAAUUAUGUCUUUCAACCUGUGGACAAUGCAAAACUGUGUUUUACUGUGGAUCAACUUGCCAAAGAGAUGAUUGGAUUGGACACAAAAAGGUUUGUAAGCUGGCUGAUCAUCAGCAGCACAUGAAAGAUAUCAGUGGCAAUGAAAUGAGCGAUUCUAGUGAUAAUUUAAUGGUUGAAGUAGAUAAUGUAUUUGUUGAUUCUGUCAAAUCACAUGUACAGUCGAUUGCAAAACCAAUCAAGCCCGAUGUGAAUAAAACAGAUGAUCAAUUUUCUCAAAAAAGUCCAACACCAGCUGUCAAUGCAGUGCUACCUGACAGCGUAUCAGUUGGAAAGAUGGUUAAAGCUUUUAUGGUUGAUUUACAAGUGGAGACAAGAAUUUUAUAUUUCCAGCUCGCUCCAAAUGCUGAAUCUGUGCUUGCGACAUUAGAUCAUGCAAUAAAUGAUUAUUAUGGACAAGGAAAGGGUGUUGAGUCUACCUCUGUACAAAUUGGUGGAAUGUAUGCUUGUAAGUUCUCAAUCGAUCAACGUUGGUAUCGAGUGUAUGUGCAAGAUAUGAAUGAAGAAAAAGGAACGUGCAAUGUUUGGUACAUUGACUUUGCUAAUUGUGAAAAUGUUCAAAUAUCAAACUUGAUGAUACUUCAAAAUGAAUUUUUAGAUGCUCCUCCUUUUUCUUUGAGGUGCAAGUUGUAUGGCUGUGAUAGAAUUAAAGUUGAUGACAUAGUCCAAACUAUGGGCGAAUACUUGAAUCAAUUGCCAAUUGAAUUGGAAAUCAAGAGUAUUGUCAAUUCGAUAGCAUUUGUUGCACUAUUUUUUGAUGUAGAAGGUACUAAAACAUCUUUAAACAAAACUUUGAUCGAAAAGUUUUUGCCAAAUAUUAAGCAAAACACUUGUCCGAAAAAGGACAAUGUUGUUAAAAUAUCUACACCUGCAGAAAAUGUUUGUAGUCCCAAACCCACUCAGUUGAACACAGGAUUGCGUGUUGUUCGUAAAAUUCCCGUGAAAUCGGACCUUAGUUCCAUAUUUCAAAAGAUAAAAUUCAAACAACCCAAAUCUGAAGAAAUUUUUGAGGCGGUGAUUCUGGAUCCAAUCAUUCCGAUUGGCAAAUUUGAUGCUGUGAUAAGUAAUGUUAAUGGCGUUCAUGACAUUUCUUGCUGUGUUAUUGGACCUCAACAAGAAGCUUUUAUUAAAUUGCAAAAGGAUUUAUCAGAAUAUUGUGAAGAACAUUUUUUGCCAGAAAGUUUUACAGAAGGAACCAUCUGUGCUGCCAAAUGCUCAGGAAAACCUGGAUGGUAUAGAGCUGAAAUGCUAUCUAAGGUCAGCGAAACUGCCAUUUCAUUAUUGUUUUUCGAUUUUGGCAACAAAGAAAAUGUAAAUGUUGAGAGAAUAUCUAAAUUUCCAAAAGAAAAGAAGUUUUGGGAUCUUGAAAAACAAGCAAUAUUCUGUAAAUUGAAGGAUUGCUCAUCUGGAAGUGAUGAUUUUAAUACUGAAUGCUUUGGUUUGUUAAAAAUAUGUGAGAAUCAGAUUGUGACUAUCGAAGUUGAUGGAGAUGACAAAAAAUUUCCUUUGCCCGUUACUAUUUAUAUCAACGAUGACUCAACCGUGAAUGAGUAUAUUACACAGCUCAAAAUUCAAUUUGAGUCCUCUCAGACAACUCAUGAGGAGAAUUUGACUGAAAUUGAAAUUGCACAUAAAGAGGAUUUGAAAAAGUACGAAACUAUACAGGUAUUGGAGAACGUGCUUGAUGAUAUAAAUGAAGGCUCACAUCACGAGAUUGCACUGACACAUGCUGAAAGUCCAGAGCAUUUGGUUUGUCAAUUUUUUGGUGAAAAUCAAAUUAAAAUACAGGAAUUUACUACAAAAAUGGCAGAAUUUUAUGAUAGUUCCAAUUUCGGAGAUUUUGAAUUAGUCCCCAACGAAAUUUAUGCUGUUAGAUAUAACAUUGAUUCAAUGUGGUAUAGAGCAAAAAUUUUGGAAAUGGCAGCUGAAACCGCUUCUAAUCAGGAUUUUUUAGUAUUCUUUGUGGAUUAUGGAAACAAGGAAAAGGUGAAGAGAGAGGAUAUCAGAACUCUUUCACCUGAGUUUAAAAUCUUACCUAUUCAAGGCAUCAAGUUCAAACUUCUUGGCGUUUCUAGUGGAGACAGAUCAUGGUCUGAUGAGUGUAUAUCGAUUUUACAAAGCCUUUGUAAUCAGAAGUUUGAUGCUGUGUUCCACAAAAUUGCAAAAGACGGUGAAGUAAUAGUGGAGAUUUUAGUUGAUGGCGAUUCCCUUUUUGAGCAACUUGUUUCAGCAGGUUUAAUUUUCUCAGAGAAACCACAACUCACAGAAUUGCCCGUACAAGAGAAAAUGGAAGAAACUUCAAUAGCUUUGUCACUUGAGAAAAAUACCAAUGUUACAGAGGAAAAUACCAAUUCAUUAGCAACAUUACCCACGGACGAUUGUAAUAUCGUUACCAGUCCAGAACCAGCACGAAAAGAACUAGAUAAUGGUCCUCCUGCAUUGGAUAAUCCAAUCAUCACAAAAGAAAACAAAGUUGAAGGUAAAAAUACAUCACAAAUAAUUGAUCAAGCAAAUAUACCAUCUGAUCUGAAAAAAGUAAAAAUGCCUGAAUUUAGUGAAACAUCAGACAAAAGCCACUCGCCUGAUGAAGCACAGGAAACUAUGAUCAAAUUUAAAAUUCCAUGUGUUAUACCACCUUCUGACAAGGUUUCACCUAUUGGCGUUGUAUAUGCUAAUGAUCCACACAGCUUUUUCUGUCAACUUUUGGGUGAUGAAUCUGCAGAAAUUGCAAAAUCCCUCACAGAAAUCAAUUUGAUUUGUGCAGAGAAUCUUCAUCCGAAAGCAUCGUUUUAUGUGGGAGAAUUUUGCGUCGCAUGUGCAUCUGAUAAAGUGUGGUAUCGUUCAAAAAUUCUGCAAUUGAGUGAAGCCACUGAAGAAUGUUUAGUACAGUAUAUUGAUUAUGGCAAUGAAGAGCUUGUUAAUUUCAAGAAAAUUCAGGAAAUGCCAUCAGAAGUCGCUGAAAUUGAGUCUCAAGCAAUACAUUGUAAGCUGUAUGACUGUAUACCAAUGGAAGGUUUGCAAUGGUCGACUGAUAGCAUUGACACUAUCAAGACUCUAAUUAACCAAAUGUGCCAAGCAAGAUUUAUUCAACAGGAAGGAGACAAGUUUGCAGUUGAACUACUACUUGGUGAAAAUCUUGCUCUGAAUGAUUUCCUGGUACAACAAGGUAUGGCUAAACAUGAGCAAAAAGAUGAUAUAAAGCAAGAGGAAAAGGAAUGUGUUGUCAGUGAAACAAAAGCUGAAUCACCGAAGCCUCCAUUGCUUGUAAAUGAAAGCAUUUCGCAAGAUAUAAGCGAUGGUGUGGAGUGCACUUUGGAAGAGGGAGAUAUGGUUUCAAUCCAAAUUUACAAAGCAACAUCACCUGAUGAACUUUAUGUCAAAGUAAAAUCAGACAUGGAUAAAGUGUUUUCUGUCAAAUGUAAACUUGCUGAUAUCAAACCUGUUGGUGAAUCAUGGUCGAAUGAAUCUUCAGAUAUUCUCACCAUGUUUCCAUCUCACUUUAUUGAUGGAAAAAUCUUUAAGAUUGAAGAUAAAAACGAAAAAGGCAAAAUAUAUAUUGCAAAAAUACCAGAUGCUGUGAAUGCUCUGAUUUUGGCUGGCCUGGCUGUGUAUUGCAUGUAAUGACAGAACAAAUGUGUGCUGAUCUAUUCCAGUGAGUAAUGAAACUUUUGCAGAAUAUGAAAAAAUAAAUUAGGGCAUGCCAUUAUAAUUUGCUACUUCAGACAUUUACACCACUUGUAUUACUUCAGUUCAUACUAAAUUACUGACAUCAUACUCAAAUUACAGCAUGCCAUUGAAAAUGGUCAAUGACAUGACUAAAAAAUUAUAAUUUAAUUAGUUCGAAGCAUCAGAUAGAUAUUUGUUUAUUUGUAUUGUUAAGCAAAUUCCUCUUGCUCUCUUAUGCCUUCCGCAUUCCAGUAAGUCCAGUUUUUAGUGAGAUUCAUUCCAGUUUAACUGUAUAUUAUGUAAGUUUUAUGUUCAAGCUAGAUAGUCUUUUGAUGCCUAGCUGGAAGUGUGUAAAAUUCACCGGGUGGUCAUUCUGUUUGCUGCGUGUUCUGUCUAUAUCAUUGUAUGUACAUUUCUUUCAUGGUUGUUUACUUUAUUGUGUGAUUUUAAUCAUGUUCUGAAACCGUUUGCAUAUUUCGGAGGUUCAUCAAAAUGCAUCUCAUUUAAUGAUAUUCUAGUCUUCCACACGGAAAUAAUACCAUAAACAUACUUUUAUUUGGUACCGGUAAUUGUCAAGACGAAAGACGAUAUAUCCCUGUCUUGAUCUGACAUGGGCAAACUACGGCCCACGGGCCAAACAAAUCCGGCCCGUUUGGUACAUUUGGUACAAAUUUUGUUUUGCGCAGGAGGCUUAUUGUUUUCCACUUUUGGAACACUGCAAAAACUUUGUUCAUAAAAUGUAACUUUUUACUUCACACUUGUAUGCCCGCCAGUCUAGAUAUGCAAAAUUUUUGGCCCUGGUCUGAAAAUCUUACCCACCCCUGGACUCUUGAUAGUUCAUUUAUGAAGAAUAUCAGCCCAUCUACAAGGAGGACGCAUAUAUCCUGGCUGAUAGUCAUAUUUAAGUGUGAUUUGUGAGACUAUACCUAAGCUGUAAAUGAGUUUUAUAUCAAUACAAACAAAAAAUUACAGCUCAUUGAAAUAUUGACUGACAAGCGUUGUCAAUCAUUGUGUUUCUGGUGAUAUUGUUUCAACCAUGUUUGACUUUUGGUAUUUCAUUCAAUAGCAUGAAUAAUUAUGUUUUUAUUUAAUUUUUCCAAUUUCUUUUACCAGUUUCACUCACUAUAUCUUUAUAAGUAAUUUCGUUGAUCUGGUCAGAUCGAUUUCGUUACACAAGUUUUUUCUGUUCAAUAAAAUGUGCACGAAUGGUAA